GGCUGAUCGUCGAAAAUAAGUGAAGAUAUAACCAUAUGGGAAUGUAGCAUCGUCAUAUUCCUUAUUCUCAUCUUUCCACUCAGUAUCUUAUUGAAUACUCAUUACUUUUACUCUGACUCUGUAAUUUUUCCAUUCGAUAUUUCAAAACAUUCAGCUAUGUCUUUCUCCAAGAUUUUUAUUGCCUUCGCAGGUAUUAUCGCUGUCGCUUCCAGCAACCCUCUUGUUCCUAGAGCAUCAACUGCUUGCUCAACAUCUAGUGGGCCUGGCUUCUGUCAGAGCACUUCUAGCUCCUGCUCAGGUGGAAAGUAUAUUGCUGGUGCCUGUCCAGGAGGCGUCGACAAUCAAUGCUGCGUAGCAACAUGUUCCAGCGGAAAGGGUGUGUGUCAAGCGACAUCCGUAGCCUGCUCUGGUGGUUCUUUCAGUAGCGGUCUUUGUCCCGGACCGGCAGAUGUUCAGUGCUGCAUCAAGAGUGGCGGCGGUACUACUCCACCGUCUAGCGGUGCCGGCUCUCUAGGUAUCGAUAUAUCUCAACUCGGCACCCCAGCUUUCUUCGAGUGCGCCAAGAAAACCAAAGACAUAGUCGCCAUCCGUGGAUACCAGCAAGCUUGCGGGACCGGCGGCCAAGUAGAUAAAAACUUUGUGGCCUCCUAUAAAAAUGCCAAAGCCGCCGGUUUCACCCGGAUCGACUCCUACAUCUUUCCCUGCACCGGUACACCCACCGGUUCUGAACCUAAAUGCAAGAGCGUCGAUACCCAGAUGGCCGAAUACCUCAAAGUAAUCUCCGAUAACAAUAUGGAUAUUCACACUCUCUGGCUCGAUCUCGAACCCACAUCUGUCUCCAAUUCUCCUUGUAAUGCCUGGAAUCUCGGUGCUGCAGCCAAUGAAAAGCUCGCCAAACAAUGGGUCACAGCAAUGAAGGCUACAGGAUUAAAAUGGGGCAUCUAUGCAAAUGGCAAUCAAUGGAGCGGUAUAUUUGCUAGUAGGAGUACAGAUAUCGGAAGUGAUUUGCCCUUGUGGGCUGUGCAGGAGGACUAUAAAGAGGGUGUAAAUACAGUGACUACUUUUAUGGGGGGUUGGACAAAGGCGGUUGCUAAGCAAUAUAGCCUCGAUACUACCCUCUGUGGUCUCGGUGUGGAUUUGGACUCCUUUGCGUGAGUGUUGGAAGCAGUGUUUCCAGUAGUCCGGACUGUGUAGUCCAUCCUGAAAUUUUAGCUUUGAGAUUCUGAAAAUACUAUUAUUGAUUUUAUAAAUUCAAUGUUCCA